CGGGGGUGUGGACUGUGACCCCGCCCCUCACCUGCAGCUCAGCCCACCUGAGAGCCUUUUUAAAGAAGCUGAUCCGUCUCCUCUCACACUCGCUCCACUGGAGAAGACGAGCCGACUCCCUCUUCUUUCAUCACUCCAUCAUCAUCACCAUCACCAGUAUGUUCUCCCUCGGUGGUGGAGGAGCAUCCGUCAGCCGAGGCAUGAGCUCGUACAGCAUGUCUGGAGGAGCGGGUAAUCGUGGCGUCAGCAUCUCCCGGGCCGGCGGCGGCGGAUACAGCGGCUUCAGCUCGGGUGGUGGAGGAGGCUUCGCCUCAGGUGGAGGAUUCGGCUCAGGUGGUGGAGGAGGCUUCGGCUUCAGCGCCUCCAGCAGCACCGACAGCUCCAUCGGCAACGAGAAGGCCACCAUGCAGAACCUGAACGAGCGCCUGGCCUCCUACCUGGAGAAGGUGUCGAAGCUGGAGACGGCCAACGGGGAGCUGGAGCUCAAGAUCCGGCAGUUUGUGGAGAGCAAGGUCGGGCCCAGCACCAGGGACUACGAACACUUCUUCGUCACCAUCGCGGAGCUGCAGGUCAAGAUCCAGGACGCCAUCUUGGCCAAAGGCUCCGUCCUGCUGAGCAUCGACAACUCCAAGCUGGCUCAGGACGACUUCAGACUGAAGUUCGAGAACGAGCUGUCGAUGCGUCAGACGGUGGAGGCCGACAUCGCCGGGCUGAAGAUGCUGCUGGGGGAACUUGGCGUGGCCAAGAUAGACCUGACCAUGCAGAUCGAGACUCUGACCGAGGAGCUGCUGAGCAUGAAGAAGAACCACGAGGAGGACCUGCUGGCCAUGCGGACCCAGAUGAGCGGCCAGGUGAACGUAGAGGUGGACGCCGCUCCUCACAACGACCUCAACAAGAUGAUCGAGGACCUGAGGGAGCAGUACGAGGCCAUGAACGCCAAGACCAACCGGGAGCUGGAGGCCUGGUACCAGAGCAAGGUGGGCGGAGCCUCCUGCGGGAGCAGCAGCAGGCUCCUCCUCCAGCCGCUAAUCCUCCUCCUCCUCCUCCCAGUCCGAGAUGCUCAGCCAGGAGGUGCUGACUGCCGAGGUGACGAUGAAAGCAACGACGUCGGACGUGAAGACCGUGAAGACUCAACUCCAGUCUCUGCACAUCGAGCUGCAGUCACAACUGAGCAUGGUGAGACCAGGACUCAGGGUCCUAGUGGACCAGGUCUCAGGGUCCUAGUGGACCAGGACUCACAGGGUCCUAGUGGACCAGGUCUCAGGGUCCUAGUGGACCAGGACUCACAGGGUCCUAGUGGACCAGGUCUCAGGGUCCUAGUGGACCAGGACUCACAGGGUCCUAGUGGACCAGGUCUCAGGGUCCUAGUGGACCAGGACUCAGGGUCCUAGUGGACCAGGACUCACAGGGUCCUAGUGGACCAGCAGGACUCACAGGGUCCUAGUGGACCAGCAGGACUCACAGGGUCCUAGUGGACCAGCAGGACUCACAGGGUCCUAGUAGACCAGGUCUCAGGGUCCUAGUGGACCAGGACUCCGGGUCCUCGUGGACCAGGACUCCGGGUCCUCGUGGACCAGGACUCACAGGGUCCUAGUGGACCAGGACUCCGGGUCCUCGUGGACC